UUUGUCUAUUAGUUUUGCAGUGAAUUUCAUAACAAUUUAAUAACUCAUUAAUUAGUGCCAAAAAAUGAGCGUUUCCGACGAUUCAAAGAUGAGAUUAAUUGAAACCAAUUUUCAAAUCCUUUACGCGAUUUGCAAACAAAUUAAAGACAAGGAGUUCCAGAAGACGCUAUCGUUGAUUGAACUCAAACACAACAAUCAAGACAUCUAUGAGUUGAUCAACAAAUACAACAAGAGUUCACUGAAGACUAACUUCAGCGCCGAAGACAUCUAUAAAGACAUCUGCCUUUCGCUCAAAGAUAAGUGCAUUAAUGUAUUACAACUCAUUACCGGCGAUGACGUGGACACGGAUCACAUCACCGAUCAUGAGAUACAGGAACUGUUAAGCGCUAAGUUGGAUGUCUUGAGCGCACAACUCAUCGAAACCGAAGAGAUGUCCAAAUGUGUGGACACAAAGUUUCUCAACUAUCAAAACUUGUUCGGCGAAUAUGUGGAAAAUGUGAGCAAAUAUUACUCUAAAUAUAAGAUACCAUUUAAGUUGUCUUACGAUGAGUUGGUCUCCACUCUCAAUAUGAGUAAAGCGCAGACACUUUGCAUCAGAAAUAGAAUGAUAGAAACAGAGAAUAUAUUGCAAAAGUAUGGCAACAAAGAGACGAUUGAUAAACUGAAAGCCGAGCGAAAGGCGUUGGAAGCGGAAGAAUAUCAGCUGAAGAAUGAGUUGAAAAAGUCGGAGAACUUAUUAUCAGAAUACGAGAGUCUGGACAAGGAUUUGCUCAAAGAGUAUAAACGCGUGAAAAGUGAUUUGGAGUGUCGUGUUUGGGCUGUCAAUGAACUCAAUAAUAGCGCCGGUGAAGCAACUGAUUAAUACAAUCAUUGUUUUAUUUA